CCCAUUUAUUUUCGACACAAGCUCCGAUUCCUCGGUUCAAAUGUUGCAUCACUAGUAUUUAAAACGAAGCUGUUUACUUGAUUUGACCUAGUGAUGACUCGACAGGAAAAAGGGUGAGCGGGUUAUGGAUUUUUACUUCACAAUAUGUAAAUCGAUGGACUGGAGACAUGUUUAUUAUUUGUGGAUUGCUGUGUUUUUCUCAGCUAUUUGGACUCUCAUUCUGACGGCACCCAUUCACUGCAGAGUAUCCCGUGUGCAAUCAUGGAAAAGCCCCAAAAGACACAGGAAGAGCAGCAGUCAUCCCCACAGAUGGCGGCACCUGAUGGGGGUUGGGGCUGGGUGGUGGUGGGGUCUCUUUUCGUGUCUUCUGCCCUGGUCUUCGGGCUCAUCCGCAGUCUGGGCGUCUUUUUUGUGGAGUUUGUGCAGUACUUUGGUGAGAGUGCCCAGGCGGUGUCCUGGAUAACAUCCAUUGGCUUGGCCAUGCAACAGCUAAUGAGUCCAGUAAGUGCAGCCGCAUCUAAUGUAUAUGGAGCUCGUCCGGUUGUUAUGAUGGGAGGAUUCCUCUCAGGCCUGGGAUUCAUUCUGGCGUCCCAGGCGACAUCUCUUUUACAUCUUUACCUGACCAUGGGCUUAAUUUCAGGUUUAGGCUGGGCGCUGAUCUUCACCCCUACCGUUGCGUCAGUGAUGCAGUACUUCACCUUGCGGAGAUCUCUAGCCAUGGGCCUGGGCUUCACAGGGGUCGGACUUGCCUCUUUUGCAUUCUCUCCACUUUUUCAGUAUCUAGUAGAAGCCUAUGCUUGGCGUGGGGCUUUGCUUGUCCUCGGAGGCCUCAGCUUCAACAUGAUUGCUUGUGGAGCUCUCAUUCGGCCUCUAGGGAAACCAAAGGUUGUGGUGAAGGCUGAAAACUCGACCAAGCUCAACAAAUGUUCUUCUUUGUUCUCCCGUAUCUGCGAGGGCUUUGAGCUCGCUCUGCUUUCACACCGAGGCUUCCUCACUUAUUCCGUGGCCAUCACCUUAUUCAAUGCCGGCUACUUCAUCCCUUACGUUCAUCUAGUCGCCCACAGCCGUCACAUUGGUUUCAAUGAGUACCAGGCAGCCUUUGUAAUCUCUGUAACUGGUGUGGCAGACAUCGUGGGCCGCGUAGCCUCCGGCUGGUUCUCGGACCUGGGCAGAAUGCGGAUGCAGCACAUGCUGGUGGUGUGGACUGGGUUACUGGGGCUCUCACUGAUGCUCAUUCCUGUUGCCGUGGUUUACUCGGGACUGUUGGUUGUCAGUGUGGUCUAUGGGUUUUGUGCAGGAGCGAUGACGCCGCUGGCGUUCGCCGUGGUGCCGGAAAUCGUAGGCAUGGAGCGAAUGCUGGGAGCGCUUGGCCUGCUGCAGCUCAUAGAGAGCAUCGGAGGGCUGCUGGGAGCGCCACUCUCUGGCUGGCUGAAGGACUAUACUGGGAUGUACACGUUAUCUUUUAUCGCUGCUGGAAGUUUCCUCGUGUUAGGUAUGUUAGUUACAAUGACUCUUCCCUAUUUCUGGUCUUGUACGGCCCCUCCACCUCCAUCACCUUCAAUGAAGAAGUCUCAGGAUGAAUCCAUUGAAGAUGGACUUCUCAAACAAACUCUGUCCUCAAAUUCUGUACCUGAGAUUCUCUGUCCCUUGGAUGAUAUACCCUACUCGGAUAAGGAGUAAAAAGUGUGUUGGAAGAGUGAUGUUACACAUCUAGUGCAAGAACGAGAAGAAAUACCUCAGGAAAUAAUGCACAUACUAAUUUAAGAGAAAUAUUUUUAAGAGAAAUUUUUUUUAGAAAGAUAUUUUACUUGGUCAGACAGGAUAUAGGCAACUAUUGGCACUGGAAUCUCAAAUCAUAUUGCACUGAAUGGUUUUAUACCACAUUUUGCAGUAAAACGUUUUGUGGGUAAUAUCAGUUAGUGAAAUGUCCCCCAUGCCAAAGAAAAAUUAUGUGAAAUUUGCUAUUAUGCUUUUUUUUUUGCCUUAUAACAAGACAAUCAAUUUGAUGGAAGUUCUCCGGUUUUGAGAGAGUUUGAAAAGCAACCGUCAGUUUACAGCUCAAAUUUCCAUUUACUCUAGCUUGUAUAAAGUUCAAACAAAUCUGUCUUAAUGUUAAAUCGGCUUGUUUAAUCAUUCCUUAUAUAUACAAGUAGGCACACAUGUUUUUGGACAUGCAACAAAAAAUGAGUGCCAUUUAAAAUGUCGUAUAACAGGACAAUAGCAUCAUAAAUCCUUAUCAUGACGUAAAUGCAAUAAAGUAACUUUGCAGUUAUAAAGACCAGCUUUUCUUUUUGAUUACAUAAUAAUGGCAACACACUGUUGCCACAGUCAGACACCACAGCUGCAGCUGUACAGUGUUAUUUUAGUAUAAUUUAGAUACUAUUAUAGUUUUUAUAUUUUCAGUUUUCAUUUUAUUUAGCUUUACUGAUGGAUCAACUGUAUCCAUAUCCUGAUGUGGAGCUCAUUUUUCUUAGACUUUCAAAAUAUGCAAAAAGUUUGCAUUCAGAAAGCUGUCCGUACUCGUUCUAAAAAGCCAUUAUUCUGAUUCCAAUCUUUAUAGUUAUACAAAUAAUUUAGAGAUCCUUUAUUAAUAGCUCGAGUAUUUUUCUGUUCUGAAAUCAUUAUCUUUUUUAUUUAAAAAUGUAUUACAUUCAAUUAAAUUAUUAUUCAUUUCAAUUUAAUUAUUUUUAUUUAAAUAAUAUUGUCAUAGUUUUCCUAUGUCAAUUCAAAAUCACCAUCAAUUAAGGAUUUGUGCUGAUAUUGUCCAGACUUGACCGUUUCUGAAUUUGAGGGCACAGUAUAUGAAAUAUCAUGGUAUAACACUGUACCUUGGUACUGCAAUAUUACUAUUUCGAGAGCAUGCUGGCAAAAUACUAUUUAUUUUAUUUUAUUAUUUUUAAUAUUUUAUUACAAUUGUUGUAUUGUAAAUUAUUGUGACACACUUCAUGUCCAGCCUUCCCUGACAGGAAUUAAAUUAUGAUGCACAAAUACAGCUUCAGGGUUUGGUGGAAAGACUGAUGCUUGUGGUUUUUGUUAAUCACAAGUUACUGAGGAGCAUUUUGUAUUCAUGGCUAGUAAAACACGAAGGCUGCUAGCAAGUUUUUUUCUAGAUUCCAAACAAGCUUUUAACUGCUUAGUCAUCACAUAUCUGUUGUCACAUCAAGCAAAAGCUAAAAUGAAGGCAAAAUAUUUAUAUUAAAAAAAUAUUUUGCCAGUAAGGUUGGUGCUGGAGGUUACUUUAGUACAGUAUACAAAAGCUGGAAGGCAAGCUAAAUGCUAACACAACGCUAAUCCUGUUCUACUCCUCAUGUAGAGCAUUUUUAUUUCAGUUUUUUACACACAACUUGCUGUACCUUACCUUGAUUACAGCUGGACUGUUCUUGAGUAGCAUAUGGAGGAAUAUUAUGAUCACAUUAUGUUAUUAAUGUUACUAGCAUUGUCGGAGACAUGGCAUUUUAAUGUUGUCCUUUCAGGGACAAACUGGACCAUGUGAUUAGUGAUUUGUGCAUUACAUUGAUACUUUUUAAAUAUUGUAUGAUGGGAAUCUUGCCCAACAUGAAGGGCUUUUACUGUGAUCUUCAAGAUCCAGGUUUUUAGAGUGAAUACUGACUUACAUUUUCCACAGAGGUCGCUGACGUAAACAAAUUCACUUCACUUUACUGCACAAACUGGUGUAGGUUCAUUUAAACCUCGUCAGUUCUCUACUUCCCACGGGAAAACCUUGAAAACUAGUCACUAAUGCUGUUUUAAAGAUACACUUCUCGUAAAACCAAACACGUGAGCCUUAAUCUUCAUGGACUGAGAGGCAAUGAGGUCAGCUACAGCUAGACUUUGCUUUCUCAUGUGAGAGGCCCUUAUUGCUGAGAUUAACAGCACUGCCUUUACACACAGUUGUCUUCAAAUGCACUGUAUCAAUGCAAUUAAAUAUGCGUUUUAGCUUCUUGACCUCAAUAUGCUUGCAUAGUAUGAGCAGUGAGACGUGGAUUUGGAUCAGUUAAGUCAUAUUUUAAGUUUAUUGGAGUGCCAAAGCAGGCAAUGACAUUUAACAAUAUUUCAUCAUCUGGUCCUUUGAACCUUAUAGCUUUGGGACUACACUGCGCAAGAUGACUUUUGAUCUAAUUAAUAGGCUGAAAUGAAUUUGCCAUCUGAGCCAGUCGGGUAGUUUUAUCUUUAACCAGGUUACCAGCCCAUAUCUUGUGCAUUAUGUUUUAAUUUUCCAAGAAGCGCACAGCAUGGCAAGACAGGUUUUACUGGAACAGUACAGUAUGAAACUGUCUUUUAGGUACAAAUAUUUGUGUUUUAAUGUGGUUGAAUAAAAGGCUAUGUCUGUUUUUAUUGUA